CCCAUUGUGAGGAACAAUGUCUCCUUCCGUUUAUCACACGUCAGAGAACGCUGAUGGUGGAACUCCAGCUGAGGAGUUUUCUUCUGUUUGAGGGUGUGAACAGCAGAGGUUACUGCUGACAGUGAUGGAUGUGGGGACAUCAGUGGAGAAGACAUUCACGUGGUUUCUUCAGAGGGACGAACCUUUCUGAGGGCUCUGACUGUCCAGGUGAGAAUACACCUGCUCCUGAUCCACAGGUGAAGUGGGAGGGAUCUGAGGGUCUCCAGGUGAUCCAUGGAGCUGUUCUGAUGAAUGAACCAAAGAAACAGAGAAGGAUCCAUGAUGUCAUCAACCGUUUACCUGAGAGGAGUCUGAUGCAUUCUGGGAAAUACAUGAACUUGAUCUGCUCAGCUGAAGAGUUUGACCAAAUGAGCUUUUAGUUUAGAGAAAGUUAUUUCCGUUUCAAUAGAUGAAUCAAACCAACUGAGAACAAAUUAAAUAAAGUUAAAAAAAAAAAAAAGUCUCCAUCCGCCGGCUGGUGACCCGGAUGUAAACCCGCAGCGGACACGCCGCCCGCCGAAUCCACCGACAUGCUUCUGAAUUCCGGUGGAAGCCCGGCUCUGAGCUGAACGGACACCGGCGGAGGACGCGGAGCAGCGCGGCAGUUACCGAAGCUGUUUCUCUACUGGACCCCGGAAGCGCGGCAGAACCGGGACGGACGCCCAGAGACGGAGGGCGCGUGGCUGAAGUGUUGACGUUGCAUCACGGUGUCAUCAUCUGGAGACACGCGCCAGUGUCGCCUGUGUCACCUGUGAGUCUGCAGGGGGAGGGGCCUUCACUGGUCUCGCCCCGCCCCCCCAGCAGAUGACAGGGGCCCGCUCCCCUGCAGCAGAGUGCCCCCCCGGACCACGGCUAACCACCAAUGGCCUGCCAGUCUGUCGCUGCCGUCAUGGACGAACAGGCCCUGCUGGGGCUCAACCCCAACGCCGACGCCCCCUACAGGCAGAGGGCCAUGGCUUACUUCGAGCAGCUGAAGGAGUCUCCGGACGCCUGGGAGGUGUGUGCCAAGGCGCUGUCUCAAGGACUGUACAGUGACGACCACGUCAAGUUCUUCUGUUUCCAAGUUCUGGAGCAUCAGAUUAAGUUCAGACAUGCGGUUCUGAAUGCGGCCCAGCAGCAGCUCGUCAGGGAGACACUGAUGAAAUGGCUGCAGUGUCAGCAGCUGAUGAACGCUCAGCCCGAGAAGGCCUUCAUCCGGAACAAGGCGGCUCAGGUGUUCGCUCUCACCUUCGUCUGCGAGUACCUGACCCUGUGGCCCAAGUUCUUCUUCGACAUCCUGUCCAUGGUGGGGCUGAACCCCAACGGCGUGGACGUCUACCUGAGGACGCUGAUGGCCAUCGACGCCGAGGUGGUGGACCGGGACAUCCUGCACAGCGCGGAGGACACCCGCAGGAACACUCUGAUCAAGGACACCAUGAGGGAGCAGUGCAUCCCCAGCCUGGUGGAGUCCUGGUUCCAGAUCCUGCAGACGUACCAGCGCUCCCACCCGGAGCUCACCUGCCAGUGUCUGGAGGUGGUGGGGGCCUACGUGUCCUGGAUCGACCUGAACCUCAUCGCCAACGACCGGUUCGUGAACCUGCUGCUGGCUCAGAUGUCCAUGGAGGAGCUGCGGGAGGAGGCCUGCGACUGCCUGUUCGAGAUCGUCAAUAAGGGGAUGGACCCGGUGGACAAGACCAAGCUGGUGGAGUCUCUGUGCCAGGCUCUGCACGCCGCCGGCUUCUUCAGCGUGGAGCGGGAGGAAGACGUGGACUUCCUGGCCAAGUUCUCCCGGCUGGUGAACGGGAUGGGUCAGAGCCUGGUUCUGAGCUGGACCAAGCUGGUCAAGGCCGGGAGUGCCAAGGAGGCGGGCGCCACGCUGCAGGCGCUGGAGACCAAGGUGCCGCUGCUGCUGCAGCUGCUGGUGCACGAGGACGACGACAUCUCCGCCAACAUCGUGGGCUUCUGCUACGACUACCUGCACGUCCUGAAGCAGCUUCCGCAGCUGACGGAGACGCAGAAGACCAGCAUCGAGGCCAUCAUGCUCGCCGUCAUAAAGAAGCUGACCUAUGAUGAUGAGUACAACUUUGAGAACGAGGGCGAGGACGAGGCCAUGUUCGUGGAGUACAGGAAGCAGCUGAAGAUGCUGCUGGACCGCCUGGCUCAGGUUUCUCCGGAGCUGCUGCUGGAGGCCGUGCUGCGCGUCUUCUCCAACACCAUGCAGAACUGGCAGACGGCGUCGUUCAUGGAGGUGGAGGUGGCCAUCAGGCUGCUGUUCAUGCUCGGAGAGGCUCUGCCGGCGUCACACGGCGCCCACUUCUCUGGAGACACCAUGAAGACCAGCACGCUGCAGGAGAUGAUGAGGACGUUGGUGUCCUGCGGCGUCAGCAGCUACCAGCACUCCUCUGUGUCUCUGGAGUUCUUCGAGACGGUGGUGAGAUACGACAAGUUCUUCAUGGUGGAACCGCAGCACAUACCCGGCGUUCUGAUGGCGUUCCUGGACCACCGCGGUCUGAGGAACAACAGCCCGAAGGUCCGCAGCCGAGUGGCCUACCUGUUCUCCAGGUUCAUCAAGACGCUGCACAAACACAUGAACUCCUUUGUGGAGGACAUCCUGACCCGGAUCCAGGACCUGCUGGCGCUGGCUCCUCUGGAGAACGGCUUUGCGCCGCUGCUGACCAGCGACGACCAGCUGUUCAUGUUCGAGGCGGCGGGCGUUCUGAUCGUGAACGGCGAGAGUCCGGUGGAACGGAAGCAGGCGCUGAUGAGGAGCCUGCUGACGCCGCUGAUGGACGCCUUCCAGCUGCUGCUCGCCAAGCUGCUGCAGGAGACGGAGGAGGAGCGGCAGGCGGCGCUGGCCGACGCCCUGAGCCACGCUGUGGGCUUCGCCAGCCGCACCAGCAAGGCCUUCAGCAACAAGCAGACGGUGAAGCAGUGCGGCUGCACCGAGGUCUACCGCGACUGCCUGCACUGUUUCCUGCCGGCGCUCAGCUGCCCCGUCCAGCGGGGGGCGCUGCGCAGCUCCGUGCGCUCCUUCCUGCACCGCAUGAUCAUCUGCCUGGAGGAGGAGGUGCUGCCCUUCGUCCCCGCCGCCUCCGAGCACAUGCUGAAGGACUGCGAGGCCAAAGACCUGCAGGAGUUCAUCCCGCUCAUCAGCCAGAUCACCGCCAAGUUCAAGCGGCAGGUGGCGCCCUUCCUGCAGCAGAUCUUCAUGCCGCUGGUGCUCGCCAUCUUUGAGGUCAUGGCGCGGCCGGCGGAGGACAACGACCAGACGGCGGCGCUGGAGAGGCAGAUGCUGAGGAGGAGCUACUUCAGCUUCAUCCAGACCAUGACAGGAAGUGGGAUGAACGAGGUCAUGGCCAACCAGGGAGCGGAGAACAUCGAGCGGAUCCUGUUCACCAUCAUCCAGGGCGCGGUGGACCUGCCGGACCCGGUGGCCCAGAAGACCUGCUUCAUCAUCCUGUCCAAGCUGGUGGAGCUGUGGGGAGGCAAAGACGGCCUGCCGGGCUUCUCGGACUUUACCUACAAGCACAUCGUGCCGGCGUGCUUCCUGGCGCCGCUCAAGCCCACCUUCGACCUGUCGGACGCCCAGACAUGUCUGACGCUGUCGGAGUGCGCGCUCACGCUGAAGACCAUCUACCUGAAGCAGGGAGCCGAGUUCCUGCAGUUCCUGCAGACGGAGUACCUGCCCUCGCUGCAGGUGACGCCGCAGAUCGCACAGGAGCUGUGCCAGGUCCUCCAGCAGCCGGACCUCAAAGUUCUGAAGAACUACAUCAAGGCGUUUUUCCAGAGAGCGAGGCUGUAACAGACCCAGCAGACCGGGACGCCCCCAUACAGGAAGUGGGCUCAGCUGCUUUUGCACUUAAAAAACUGUGAGGGACCCCCCCUCCAUAGAUGAGCUGACCCCCGAGGAGGAGGACUGACCCAGGACCAGAGACACUGCUCUGUCGGGAUGGGGGGGGUCUAUGGGACGGCAGAACCUCAAUGACGUCUGCUGAGGAUUCGGGUCGGCGAGGUCGGCAGUCUGAGAACGUUUCAGGAACGGCGUGGAGACCUGAACCAGAACUGUCAAUAAGGUCAUGGAGAUCGGACUGUUUGGAAACCAGAACCUCAGGUUCUGAUAGAGGACUUCAUCAGAACCGGAUCCACAAUCAUAUGAAGCUGCUGCCACUUCCUGCGGACGGGUGGCCUCGCUGCUGGUUUGGUUUGUAUUUUUCCUUUGACCCGCGGGUCAGAACCCAAACAAAGUUUUUGUUCCUCUGAAGUUUAGCAGGAACGUCUUUGAGUUUGACUUUGAGUUUUUUGGCAUGACUGAGUUUCUGUAGAACCAGGACUGGACCCCCCGCUGUGACGCUCCGAGGAAAGUGCCUGAAUGCUUUCGUUUGAAACGGUUGGAAUAAAUCCUGUGAAGUUUCUCAUCGGGUCAGUCGUUUCCAUGGUAACGUCUGUCUGCUUCUUGUUUUUGCAUUUUUACUUUUCAUGAAUUUAGAUGAAGUAAAAUAUGAACUGAACUCAUGAAA